CAUUCAUUUACUUUCUCUUUCCAUAUACAGUAUGCAGUAAUAUUCAUCUGGUGGCGAAGAUAACAGACAUGCAACUGUUAGGAUGGAAGACACGGAAGCACAAGCUGAAAUAGAUAUCAUCAUGCCUCAGCUGGUGGACUUUCUUUGCCAAGAUGUAGACUGGUUGAUUGGCAAAGUACAGGCCUUGGUGCCUCAAGUAGACCUUAACCACCAUAUACCAAUAACCAACGAUGACAAAGAAAAAGUCGCCGCUAUUAUUCAUAUGCUACGGAAAUCUCACCCGGCAGCCUGGAAGACACUUAUAGGGAGCAUCUGCAUGGACUGUGCACUUCCCAUGGAUCUCGAGGUUCCUUUGCUUAGUCUAACAGGAGAAGGGUCAAGCGAAGUGACAUGGAAAUGCUCUUUGUCGUAUGAAGAAGGCAGACAAAGGAGACUACAAGAAUCUGCAGAACGUUACAAACAACAAAUCCAAAAUUCUUUGCUGGAAAAGUAUGGGUUUAAAGAUGUCCAAGAUCCUAGAGGACAGUGCAACCCAAUGUUUGUGGAACCAUUGAUCAAAGGAGCCAAGAUGUCCAAGGAGAAACUUGGAGCUCAAGUUGACCCUGAAAAAACCUCAAUUACAGAGGAGAUCGUUGACACUGUAAAAACAAACAAUCUUUUCAGGAGAAACAGCUUAGUUAAGACUCAUGUUAUUCUACUGGUGGGUAUGCCUGGCACUGGCAAGACAAUGUUGACUCGUAGAAUCUGCCACGACUGGGCAAGUGGAAAGUUCAGUCAGUUUAUGUUGACUUUUUUAUUCGAGUUUCGGCAGCUUAACCUGAUCAACAGAGAUUUUACUCUCAGGGAGCUUCUCUUUGAUUUGUUUCUGAAGCCUGAGACAUAUUCUGAUGAAGUGUAUGACUACAUCAUCAAGAACCCUAUGAAGAUUCUGAUCAUAUUUGAUGGCUUGGAUGAGUUUUUAGGGCAUUUUACAGCCAACUUCCUGACGACUCAACAGGACAUUUUUCAGAUAACUUCCAUCUCUCAACUGUUCACCAACAUCUUUCAUGGCACAAUCCUACAAGGAUGUACAGUCAUUGUCACAUGCCGGUCGAAAAUCUUAAAUAGUCUUCCACUAGAUUCUGUCGACCAUGUAGCUGAAGUUCUGGGCUUUGACAAAGAAAGAGUUGAGCUAUAUAUUGAUGACUUUUUCUACCAGAAUCCCAUGAAAGACAAAGUCCUAGCUUACGUAAGAGACAAUAAUAAGCUAAUACACAUGUGCUUUGUUCCUGCCUUAUGUCACAUUAUAUGUGUUUGCUUGGAACACUUACAAAACGUUUUGCCUAAAAAGUCCCAACUUCCGCAGACAAUUACACAGUUCUAUGUGAAAAUGCUGAUUAUAUUCAUUCAGAAAAGAAUGACACAACUUAUGGAGGAGGCAACCAUAGUAAAGACCUUCAGACCUCUCAUCCUUGAGCUGUCUUCUGUUGCACAUGACGGACUCGAUGAUAAAAAGUCUGUAUUUUACACUGGAGAAAUUUCUGAAGAACUUCAGCGUUUUGCUUCAAGUCAUGAACUUAUAUCAAGCUUUGACGUCAAAAGGUUUGACAGUUUCACUGAUGUUGGCUUUUCAUUUGUGCACCUUAGUUCCCAGGAGUUUUUCGCCGCUUUGCAUUUGAUGGUUAGUGACUCAAUAACGGAGGACAAACUACAAAAAAAACUGUCUCUAAAGUCAAAAUGGACCUCGAAGCAAAAUACAAAGGGUGAGCUCACGGAUAAUCUUCAUAUAUUCCUUUCUGGGCUGUCAUCCAAAGAUUGUCAGCCAUUUCUGUAUGAGUUAGGAGGUCAGGAGAAUCUGAUACUAAAGAAACAACACACCAUUAUCGAAUCUCUCAAGAGACUGGCAGAUGCUCAGCUCACCGGGCCUAAGCUGAUAGAGCUGUGUCAUUGUACAUACGAAACUCAGAAUGAGAAUCUAGCCCAACACGUUGGAAAGUUGACAGCUAUGAAAUAUGAGCUACGAAACUUUAGGAUUUCUCCGGUUGAUAUGACCGCUUUGAUGUAUGUUGUUAAACAUGGAUCGUGUUUAGUUUCAUUAGAUUUUGCUGGAUGUCCGAUGGAGCUGGAGUGCUUAGACAUUCUCGGAACAUGUAAGCACAUACAAUCUCUAAGUUUCAGACACCAAAAGUAUGGUGACCUGUUUGCACAAGCUCUUUCACCUGUGAUAUCUGGCAUGGAAAAUAUGAAGAAAAUUAGAGUGACAGCGGGGCGGCUCACAGCGGAUGGGGUCAGGGCUCUAAUAAUGUCGUUCCUCCUCUGCUCUGCACUGCAGGAAAUCAACUUGCAAAAUAACCAUCUAAAGGUUGAGGACAUGACUUCAUUAAUUGAAUUAUUUUCAAAGAUGGAGCAGCUGAGAGUGUUGGACCUUAGCCACAAUGAUAUGAAUGUUACUGGAGUUCUUAAAUUGCUCAAGUCAGCUGUCAAUUGUCCCAGCAUAACGGACAUCCAAAUAAUAGGGGACACUACCACGGCCGUCUUCUCCUCACAGAGCUGGUAUGAAAGUGCUCCAAAGGUAAAAAAAGCCAGAGAAGAAAUCACGGAUAUAAAUGUGAAAAACGUGAGUCUUGAAAACUGCAGUCUAACCUCUGAAGACAUUCCUCAGCUGGCUGAGAUACUCGCAGGCCUCCAGCUUUCUCACGUAAAUUUAUCUGGGAAUCCUUUUGGAGAUCAUGGUUGUAAGAAGUUGAUGGACAGGCUUCCCGAUAUACAUAUUUCCAGGAAACUAGAACUCAACAGGACGCUGGUAUCUGAAGAAGGAAUGUCCCAUCUUGUUUGCUUCAUGGUGACCUGUCUCAAUGUAAAACGGGUAGAAGCCAGUGGUUCUCAUCAGACGGCGGAGAUCCUCUUCUUCACCGGUAUCGAUGACUCUCCAAGAGAGAUCAGAAUAACUGGUUUCAAGUACUGCCCGAAAGUGUUGGAGAAACUGUGCCGGGUCCUUCAACAAUGCAAGGAGUUAGCACAUUUGGAUUUAUCUGACAAUAGAUUGGAAAGUGGUGGAAUUCUUGGAAUAACCCAGAUUCUUUCUGAACUAAAAUGGCUUCGCUCAGUAAAUCUGAGUGGAAAUGGAAUCAAUCUGGGUGGCAUUACGAGCCUGGCGGAGUCUUUAUCUAGGGUGGAGAAUCUGACGGAUGUCACCAUUAGAUUUGGAACUCAACAGAAAGUGCUGCUAACAUUUCAGGAGGCCAACAGAAAAGGACCAUUACUAAUCCAUAAUGAAAAGAGAUCUGCAUCAUCUCAACUGCCAAAGUCCUUCAGCCUGACAGGAUACCACAUUUCUACCCAGAAGUUACAGAGGCUCCUACUGACUCUGAUCCAGUGUUCUCAUCUCACACGGAUAAAUUUAUCCAACAAUGCACUGAACUAUCAAAUGAUUGAGAUCCUGCUGAACCACUUUCCUCAGCUUCCCCACAUGUCAAUGCUCAACAUCAGUACGAGUGACCUCUCCCCAAGCUGUGUGGCAUUACUGGCCGGAUCGAUCAACCUUUGUGACCGCAUUACGGAAGUAGAAGUGAGAUCUGCUGAAUACAUUUGCUUGCAUUUACAAAGGCAGCAGAAGGCCAGCAAAGUCAUUUGCAGAUUUAACAAUUGUAAAAUUGGCAAGAAUGAAAUCGACAACCUUCUGAAAAUAGUCCAGCAGAACCCUAACCUAUUUGAAGUCAGCAUGUGCUCCAACCAUCUAUCAGAGGACGGCAUCCUGCAGCUGCUUUCAUCUAUUAAACAUGGUACAGAUGUCAGCGCCAGUUUGAACCCAAAUGAAGAAAUCCAUGUUGUUUUCUCAUCUUCUGGAGACUUGUCAAGAAAAAUAGGAUUAUCUGGGUAUAACUUUCAUGCAGACCAUCUUAAGAAGCUCUGUGCUGUACUGGAAAAGAGUGACCAUGUUAACCAUGUAAAGUUAAAGAAGAACAACAUAUCUUUGGAAGCAACGAAAGAGCUUUUUAUGGUUCAGUCUAGAAAACCUCAUUAUUUUACCUUAAGUAUUGAUGAGCCGUGGGUGGGUGGAGAACAUAUGAUGUCGGCCCUUCAUCAUUUCGUGCACAUUUCUACAAGAGUUCAAUGUAUCAGAGUAUUUCAGAACAAGUUGACUAUAGAAAUGAAUGAUGUGGACAGUCAAGACCAAAGCGUUGCUGCAGGUUUUCAGGCUCUGAAGUUAUUAAGGUUAAAUGAAUGCAGACUAGAUAUUGAUAACAUGAAAUCUCUAGAUCCUGUGAUUAAACACAUUACAAGUCUUACUGAGCUAAGUUUAUCGAGAACCAACCUUGGUGAUACAGGAGUUCAGAUUGUUUCGAGUUUACUGACCUCACUUCCAACCCUUAGGAUCAUCAAAUUGGCAUCUGUAAACAUGUCCCAUAUCGGCAUUAUUCCUCUUACAGAAAGCCUGAAGAACUGCAAAGCAAUCAAAGACAUUGAUUUGUCCAGUAAUGCCAUUGGUGAAGAGGGAGCAAAAUCUCUGACACAUUUACUGACACAGAAGAGGACACUGAAUGCCAUCAAUGUAUGUGGCUGUGACUUCUCAGCAACUUCAGAAGAAGGAAGACAAUUUAUUGCAGAAUUAACCAAGUGUCAUGAUCUUCAAGAAUUGAAUUUGCAGUAUAUGUCGGCGGAUGAUGACUCUCUCCUCGUUCUGUGCCAAGCAUUUCCACAGAUGUUAUCAAUGCGGAAACUAAUGCUCGCCAACAACAAAAUAACCCAUGAAGGUGUUUUUCACUUGACUGAAAAUAUCAACCAUUGUACUGCCAUAGAGAGCAUAGAUUUGGGCUGCAAUAGCAUUGCUGAUAUCGGUAUUGAAAGACUUGCUGCACUUUUGCCAAAUUUGAAGAACUUGAAGAAAAUUAAGCUCCCACAAUGUGGCAUCAGCUCGACAGGAGGAUUCAAACUUGCAGAAGCGCUAAGACAGUGCCCGCUUGUGGAAGAGAUCGAUUUAUCUGGAAACAAUUUUGAAAACAAAGCCACGUGUCAUCUCUUCGCUGCUCUGGCUCAAGUACAGCAUUUAAAGGUUCUCCAUCUGCGCACCUGCGGUUUGGGGGUGAAAUCUGAAAGUGCACUUACGGAGGCUUUGGGAUCAUGUCAGCAAAUGGAAGAUCUCAGUUUGUCAGAAAACGCAUUUACGGAGCAGUACCUACUGAAACUUGCAGAACAACUUCCACAUUUGAGUUUGCUAAGGAAACUUGACCUAAAAUUAUGUGGCGUAUCUGACAGUGUUUGCAAAUCUCUGGCAAAUGUGCUCGGAUGCUGCCAGAACCUGGAAGAAAUCGUAUUGUCUUGGAACAGAAUUGGAGAUGAUGGAUUGUGUGCUCUGUCUUCUUCUUUAAAACACAUGAGAAGACUAAAGAAGAUGGAUCUUGAGAAAAACCAGAUUAGAGUGAAAGGCGCAGAAGCGAUGGCCCAAGCAUUAAGUGUCUGUCUUUGGAUUAAAGUGAUAAGCUUAUGGGGCAAUCUCCUAACAAAGGAGAUGGCAGAGAAGCUACACAAAGAAAAUGCAAGGCUCAGCUUUUGAAAAAAAAACUUUAAAGGCUUUCAAAAAGCUGCUUCUAAAACAAAUACAAAACAAGGAAGCAACUUUGCAAAUAGGCUUGAGAAAAAAGAAUCAGAUCCUGCAGACUUGUGUUUAGCUGGACAUGGACGUAAGAUAAAGGUUGGUCAAACCUGCCAAUUUCAGCAGGACCAGCCGACCAUCUGAUGCCUAUAGUGGCCUCCCGACGCAGCCAAUUCUUUUGUCCUCAGGGGAAAAAACACUGCCUGAGGUGUGUGACAGCCACUUUCUCCCCAAUCUCUCUGUUCAGGACACAUGCAUGCUUGGCCGAGCCAAGUAAGUAUGUAUGUAGAGGGACUGGGAAAGAUUGCAUGGCCAACAGCUAGUGAGUCUGUCUCACCUUACUCUGUUGCAUCUGGCCCCUCUUUCAAGUUCUGUAAUUUGGCAAUAUGAGGGGACACAAAUGAAACAGAACAACACAUGAUAACAGGAUCAGAUGGCUUGUCUGUAGACUGUUAUCAUGGAGAUGCAUACAUCUGCAUAGGAGCUGUAUACACAUUUUUUUUAAUGGAGACUACUAGUUGCUUCAUCCUUGUGUGACUGCAAAUUGCACAUAGCCUAUAGGUCUGCUGAUCGACUGUAAAGCUCUGCAUGAGCCUACUGAUCAGUGCAGUGGCCUGCUGUUACACAUGUGAGCGUUUUCUAAGAAUCCUGUUCAUAUAGUGUUUGCCUAAAAUAGCAAAAACUAUUUGCAUUUAUGUUGUGUGUGGUUUAACUGUGGUACAGAACAAUAAAAGCCAGUGCAGUAUAGCAAAAUGUGAACUGAACCUAAAAGUGAUUCUCUAGUUUAGGAAAAAAUUAUAAUAUUAACUGGGGAACAAACAGAACACUUAACAAUGUGACCUCCUUUACAUCAUUUCCUGGACUUCUCUUAUCCAAAAUGGAUGCACCGCGUCUCAGGCUGCCUAAUGCACUUACACACUGUGUAUUAGGUAGUCAAAGACAGUUCCUCCUGCCCUCCGAUUGACUAGCACUGCUCACUGAAUAUUGCUGGUCAAUAAAAGAGCAGGGCUGGACAAGCAGGAAGUGUCUUGACCUUCUGAAGCACAGUGUAAACCAGUCUGAGAAGCAGGGCGGCCAUCUUAAAAAGAAGACACCAGAUAAGUGUUCUGAUCGCCUCCCAGUUAAUGAGAUUUUUCUUUUUCUUAAACAGGAGGGUCGCAUUAAGGUGGCCAGACCAGUGGCGUAGCGUGGAAGGGCCGGGGGGGGGGGGGGGGCGUUGCCCCGUGCGCAAAAUAGGACAGUGAUACAGGUGGAUGUUGCGGGGCCGGGGAGGGAGAGGCGUCUCCCUUCCCCGUUCCUCUGAUAGGCUGCAGGCCUAGUGCCUAUCAGUCUAUCAGAGGUUGGUGCAGGCGGCGCAAUGACGUCAUCGCUCCGCCUGAGCCGUACAGUGUGGGACAUAGCCCGGAAGAGUCCUGCAUCGCAUUGCUGCCAGCCUGAUGGAGGUAAGUAUAAGUAUUAUUUUUUUUUAUAUGGUACAAUACAGGAGAGAAGCGCUGUGGGGGCACUUGUUACUGGCACAUGAUUAGGGGGCACUUG